AGCAUUGUUUUUUGCGUUGAGUCGAGAGAAAACUGCGCGUGUGCCCACUCGUAUAGGCCGCUAUAGAUAGCAGAGUUGCGUGACGAGUGAGAGAUAGAGAGGUGAAUUUAUGCUGAAAAAAGCAGGUAGUGUGCGCUGAUCGAGGAAAUUUUUUGCGCGUCGCAGCAGCAGCAGCAGCAGCAGCUCGAGGUGUCAGCCAGAGUUUGAAUAUACGAAGCGUAUACCUAUAUACAUAGAGAGAGAGCGCACGGACACGACUCGAAGCAGCAGUGGUGGGGCAGGAGUAUCAGCUGUAUAGCGCGAAGAGACUAUUGAGACGCAUUUGUGCACUGAACGUCGUCGAGCGAACACGUCGCUGCUGCCGUUCGAAACGAGAGCCCAGUUUAGAGGUUUAAUAAGCAGCUGGUGGAAAAAUGUCGGCGCAAAAAGGGGGACAGCCCAACGGCGGCAACGAGGACGACGCUCAACGCAACAACCAAGGAACAGUGCACCUGAGGAAUCCAAACAUCAAGCAGCUGGACCAUGACAUCCUCUACCAUCUGGCCCUGGGUACCGAGUCCCACGAUCUCGUCGAGAUGUUCGGCGACGUCAAGUUCGUCUGCAUGGGUGGGGCGCCAACGCGCAUGGAACACUUCGCCCAGUACAUCCACUCGCAGUUGGGAGACAAACUACCUCCUGGAACCAAACUCCAAGACAUGAAGGAGCACUCGCACCGAUACUCCAUGUACAAAGUCGGACCGGUACUCUCCAUCAGCCACGGAAUAGGAGUGCCCUCGCUGCAGAUCCUGCUGCACGAGAUCAUCAAGCUGAUGCACUACGCCAAGGUGAAGGACCCGGUGUUCUUCAGGAUAGGUACCAGCGGUGGUAUCGGCAUCGAACCCGGUACCGUCGUCAUAUCCGAGGGCGCCGUCGACGAGAUGAUCAAUCCCUACCACGAGCAGGCGAUUUGCGGCAAGAAGGUCCAGCGCCCAGCAAAGCUGGACCUAGAGCUCGCCAAGGAGCUCCAGUCGUUGCACAGAGCCGACGACGGAUUCGAGCUGGUCCGUGGCAAGACCAUGUGCGCUUCGGACUUUUACGAGGGUCAAGGCCGCAUCGACGGAGCUUUCUGCAGCCACACCGAGGCUGACAAGAUGGACUAUCUGAAGCGAUUGCACGCCGCUGGGGUGCGGAACAUCGAGAUGGAAGCCACCUGCUUCUCGGCACUGACGCACAUGGCUGACAUUCGGGCUGGGAUAGUCUGCGUCGCUUUCCUCAAUCGCUUCGAGGGUGAUCAGGUUUGUACGCCGAAAAGCGUGCUGACCCAAUGGGAACUGAGGCCCCAGCAGAUAGUCGCCCGCUACAUCGAGAAACACUUGUAGGCUGUGCUUCGCGCGAUUUUUUAGUCCGAAAUAUCUUUUGCCGAGGUGCGAGAGAUGGUUGCGCAUUUUUUUUUAUGGGCUCGACGAACUUUUUCGAUUCUGGAAGAAACGUCGAGCGACUACUAUACAUCAGGGUAUCGAACGUCGAUCUUUUCGACAAUUUUUUUUUAUGAUUUUAGUAUAUAACACGUAUUUGUAUAUGUACACGCGAAGUUUGUGUAAUAAAUGAGAGAACGCACAGAUGA